AUGACGAGCAGCAGCGCUUUCGAGCACCGCGAGGCGCUCAACCACCGACAGAUGUACGCAUUCAUCGGAUCCAUGGUUGGGCUCGCGGCCAUCUUCAUCUUCUUCCAUCUGGGACGACGUAUUGCGCAGAAGACGAACGCGGGAAAGAAGGGAGUUUCAGCCUUGGCCGCCUUAUCUCGGAAACCGCGAAAUGUUCUUCUUCGCACAGCACCCGGGCUGCCUUCUCGGGGACAUGCAUUUCUCGUCUUCUUGUACUUCGCCAUCAACAUCAUCAUUACCUUUACGGACAUUGACAACUCCGUCAUGAAGAUGAACUCCAACUUGGCCGCACGUGCAGCAUGGAUGGCCAUUGCGAAUCUUGUCGUUCUCAUCUUCCUGGCCCUGAAGAACACUCCCCUGGCGUUCCUCACGGCGUGGUCGUACGAGCGCCUCAACAUCCUGCAUCAAAUCGCCGGCUCCAUGUGCAUCAUCUUCGUCAUCAUCCACGCCUCCUGCUACUCCUCCUACUUUGAGCAGGCCGGUCGGGGCGCGAUCCUCCGAGAGGAGAGCGUCAUUUAUGGCGAGAUUGCCGGCGUGUCCUUCUUCGUCGUCGGGUUCGCGGGAGCGGUGAUCCGCCGCUGGUGGUACGAGCUCUUCUACUACGUCCACGUCAGCUUCUGGAUCCUCGCCAUCGUCAUGGUCGGCCUCCACCAGCCCAACUUUGGCGAGAAGAUUGUCUACGUGACGAUUGUGACGGCCGGCAUCUGGGUGCUCGACCGCCUCAUCCGCAUGGCCCGCCUGCUGGUAUACAGCACCAACAACACUGCCGUCCUCACCCCUCUCCCCAACGGUGGCACUCGCGUGACCCUUAAGAAGGCUCCCCUGGGCGCUGUGUCGGGACAGCAUUGCUUCCUCUGGAUCCCCUCGAUUCGGAUGUCCGAGACUCACCCUUUUACCAUUGCGUCCAUGGAUCCCCUGGAGCUCGUCGUAAACUCCCACGAUGGCUUCACGCGGGACUUGCACCGGUAUGCCGUGCAGCACCCCGGCGCGACGGUCAAGGCCUCGGUGGAGGGCGCCUAUGGUACCCUGCCCAACGCUUCCGAAUAUGAGAGAGUCGUCCUGGUCGCGGGUGGAAGCGGCUCGACGUUUACCUUUGGCAUGGCGCUCAACAUGCUCAAGAACCCGGCCGCCGCGCAACUGACCAAGAAGAUUACCUUUGUCUGGAUGGUCAAGUAUGAGAGUCACCUGAGCUGGUUCGCCUCUCAUCUCGACACCCUUGCAAAGGACGACCGCGUCGAGCUCCAGCUGUACGUUACUCGAACUUCGGAAAAGAAGGCGGACGACGAGACAGGUCUCGAGUCGGCUCCCGCCACGCCACCCUCCGAACGCGACGUCGAGAAGGCAGAGCCCGCUGUGAGGGCCGAGCCACUCAUGUCAUCUUCAUCCGAAUCCUCCCUGCCCUCAACAUCAUCGUCCUCAUCAUCAGUCCCCAAGUCAAUCAGAGACGAAACCGAUUCGACGCAAAACACCGCUCCUGUCGACACACAGCCGCAUGCCUACAGCAACUUCAUCCGACGCGGCAGGCCAGAAAUGCCCGCCUUGAUCCGAACCAUUAUCGAAGAGACGCCGGCGGAGGAGCGCGUACUAGUGCUGGGCUGCGGGCCGGACGGUCUGAUGGCGCAGGUUCGCAACACGACGGCGGCGUGUAUCCGGUCCGACGGGCCGGGAGUCGAGCUGCACUGCGAGCAGUUUGGCUGGUGAUGUCGGGAUGUCG